CCUCAUGAGCGCAUGCGCACUCCGCGCGCUGAUAUCAUCGCUCCGGCCGCGGUUCAGGAUUCCCCCCUCCCUUAUCGUUCAGAUCGGAUUCCGUCACCGUAGAUAGGUUCGCUCCUUCUCUUUUAGCCUUCCGUAAAACUCUUUUAUCUUUGACGUCGGGAACUUCGGGCUAGGAAAUCUCGACGGGGGAAAAAAAAAAGGCCAAACGACCAUUCAGAAGCGGGGGGGGGGGGGGAACCGCACCUCUGCUGCCACCUAACUCUCGGCGGGAAGUUUGCAACCGAGCCCUUACAACCCGAGGAUCGAGUAUACUAAGCGAAGGCAGGCCAGCACAUGCAUGAUGGUCAUUAGAAGCGCCAGGAAUACGAAGCGCAUGCUCACUUGAAGGAUGGACUGCUGAUUUGGAAAGCACCACAAACCUGGUCCUACACCCUGGCUGGUCUGCUUUCUGUUUUAUUUAUCUAUUACUAGUUUUUUGAUUUGAACUUUUCAUAACCUGCCAGCUGUUCUUUAGACACACAUGGUGCAUUGUUGUCAUUCCCAAAAUCACAUCUUUGAAAUCCAGGACCUUGGUAACCUUCUUCAAACAGACGACCUCAAGGAUAAUAUCUACAGGAGGACUUUUCAAACCUGCCGCCCUCUAGUUUCAUUUUUGUCUCCGCCCUCUUUCUAGAACAUUAUGGAACCCACAAUGGAGUCCUGCUUGAUGCAGGUCCUGCAGAAAGAUGUUGGGAAACGUCUUCAGGUUGGCCAAGAACUGAUAGAUUAUUUCUCAGAUAAACAGAAAUCUGCUGACCUUGAACAUGAUCAGACCAUGCUGGACAAAAUGGUUGAUGGUCUUGCUACCUCGUGGGUAAAUUCCAGCAAUUAUAAGGUUGUCCUGCUGGGCUUGGACAUCUUAUCUGCACUGGUGUCACGGCUCCAAGAUAGAUUUAAAGCUCAAAUUGGCACAGUGUUACCUAGUUUAAUUGACAGACUGGGAGAUUCAAAAGACUCUGUACGAGAGCAGGAUCAGGCCCUGCUCUUAAAAAUCAUGGAGCAAGCUUCUAGUCCCCAGUACGUGUGGGACAGAAUUUUGGGAGGAUUCAAACAUAAGAAUUUCCGGACAAGAGAAGGAAUUUGCCUCUGCCUUAUUGCAACUCUUAAUGCAUCUGGAGCUCAGAGUUUAACCUUGAGCAAGAUUGUGCCCCAUAUAUGUAACUUACUUGGUGACCCAAACAGCCAGGUUCGUGAUGCAGCAAUAAAUAGCCUUGUAGAAAUCUACAGACAUGUAGGUGAACGUGUAAGAGCUGAUCUCAGCAAAAAGGGAUUGCCACAGUCUCGGUUGAACAUCAUAUUUACAAAAUUUGAUGAGGUCCAGAAAUCAGGCACCAUGAUUCAGGGAGCUGGUGAUAAACAUUUUGAUGAUGACGACUCGGUGGAUGGGAACCGUCCAUCCUCAGCCAGUUCCUCAACCUCUUCAAAGGCUCCGUCAUUAUCUCGAAAAAGUGGGACGGGCACUGCUCGAAGAGUAGGAGCAGUAGCUUUAGUCGCAAAAACUCCAGCAACUAAAGAAGGAGCUGGUGCCGUGGAUGAGGAGGAUUUCAUUAAAGCUUUUGAAGAUGUCCCAACCGUUCAGAUUUAUUCUAGCCGAGACUUUGAAGAAUCCAUAAACAAAAUCAGAGAAAUCCUGUCUGAUGAUAAACAUGAUUGGGAACAGAGAGUAGCUGCAUUGAAAAAAAUCCGCUCUUUAUUAUUGGCUGGAGCUGCUGAGUAUGAUACCUUCUUUCAACAUCUGCGUUUGCUUGAUGGAGCCUUUAAAUUAUCUGCUAAAGACUUGAGGUCCCAGGUAGUGCGAGAAGCAUGUAUCACAUUAGGACAUUUGUCAUUGGUAUUGGGUAACAAGUUUGACCAUGGGGCAGAAGCCAUCAUGCCAACAAUCUUUAAUCUCAUUCCCAACAGUGCCAAAAUCAUGGCCACUUCUGGCGUAGUAGCUGUGAGAUUAAUCAUUCGACAUACGCACAUCCCUAGACUAAUUCCCAUCAUCACCAGUAACUGUAUCUCCAAAUCAGUUGCAGUUAGAAGGCGGUGUUUUGAAUUUUUAGAUUUACUUUUGCAGGAAUGGCAGACACACUCCCUGGAAAGGCAUGUAUCAGUAUUGGCUGAAACCAUCAAGAAAGGAGUCCAUGAUGCUGACUCCGAAGCACGAAUAAAAGCCAGAAAGUGUUACUGGAGCUUCCACAGCCAUUUUAGCCGAGAAGCAGAACAUUUGUUUAAUUCACUGGAAUCCUCAUACCAGAAAGCCCUGCAGUCUCACUUGAAGAAUUCUGAUAGCAUAGUGUCUUUGCCUCAGUCAGAUCGUUCCUCUUCUAGUUCCCAGGAGAGUCUCAACCGUCCAUUGUCUACCAAAAGAAGCCCAACCGGAAGCACUACUUCACGAGCUUCUGCAGGCAGUGUGAAAUCUGCGUCAACAUCGGGGUCUCUCCAGCGUUCUCGCAGUGACAUUGAUGUGAAUGCAGCAGCCAGUGCCAAAUCCAAAGUAACAUCUUCUGGUUCGGAUUCCCCCUUCAGUUCUGCUGCAGCCCUGCCUCCAGGCUCAUAUGCAUCUCUUGGUCGAAUUCGCACAAGGAGGCAAAGCUCUGGAAGCACCAGUAGUAUCACUUCAACACCUGCUGACACUCGAGGCCGCAGUCGGGCUAAAGUAGUUUCACAGUCCCAGCCUGGUAGUCGAUCUAGCUCUCCUGGCAAGCUGUUGGGAAGUGCAUAUGGUGGGCUUAGCAGUGGAACAACCAGAGGACACCCAAUGCCAACAUCAUCCUCAUCUACUGACAAACGCAGUAAAGUCCCUCGAAGCCAGGGCUGCAGCCGAGAGACCAGCCCUAGCAGGAUAGCUCUAGAACGGUUUGGGCUUGGCCAGCCAGGCAGGUUGCCUGCCUCUAUGAAUGCAAUGCGAGUUCUGAGUACAAGCACAGAUCUGGAGACUGCUGUGGCAGAUGCAUUGCUCUUAGGAGACUCCAGAAGCAAGAAAAAACCAGUGAGAAGAAGAUAUGAACCAUAUGGGAUGUAUUCUGAUGAUGAUGCAAACAGUGAUGCCUCCAGUGCUUGCUCAGAGCGGUCCUAUGGUUCCCGCAAUGGAGGCAUCCCACACUACCUGCGACAGACGGAAGAUGUAGCGGAGGUCUUAAACCACUGUGCUAGUUCCAAUUGGUCUGAAAGGAAAGAGGGGUUAAUUGGCUUGCAGAACCUAUUGAAGAGCCAGAGGACAUUAAGCCGUGUGGAGUUGAAAAGGUUAUGUGAAAUCUUCACACGUAUGUUUGCAGACCCCCACAGCAAGAGAGUUUUCAGCAUGUUUCUUGAAACCUUGGUAGACUUCAUCAUUAUUCACAAGGAUGAUUUGCAGGACUGGCUCUUUGUUCUUCUGACACAGUUACUGAAGAAGAUGGGUGCUGACCUACUGGGAUCAGUGCAGGCCAAAGUGCAGAAAGCUCUGGAUGUAACAAGAGAUUCUUUUCCGUUUGACCAACAAUUUAAUAUUUUGAUGAGGUUUAUCGUUGAUCAGACCCAAACACCAAACCUUAAGGUAAAAGUGGCAAUAUUAAAAUACAUUGAAUCCUUGGCUAGACAAAUGGAUCCUACAGAUUUUGUAAACUCCAGUGAGGCUAAACUUGCAGUUUCUAGGAUUAUUACCUGGACAACAGAACCAAAGAGCUCAGAUGUAAGAAAGGCAGCACAAAUAGUCCUGAUCUCUCUGUUUGAACUGAACACUCCUGAGUUUACCAUGUUACUUGGUGCCUUGCCAAAAACAUUCCAGGAUGGUGCUACCAGACUAUUACAUAACCACCUUAAGAACUCCAGCAAUACUAGUGUGGGUUCCCCUAGUAAUACUGUUGGCCGAACCCCUUCACGUCAUCCUAGCAGCAGAACCAGCCCCUUAACUUCACCUACCAAUUGUUCUCAUGGAGGAUUAUCACCCAGCAUGCUGGAUUAUGACACGGAAAACCUAAAUUCUGAUGAAAUUUAUAGUUCUCUUCGUGGAGUCACAGAGGCUAUAGAAAAAUUUAGUUUUCGUAGCCAAGAGGAUCUGAAUGAGCCAAUCAAACGUGAUGCAAAGAAGGACAGUGAUAUUGUUUCCAGAGAUGAUGGUAUAGCCUCACCAGCCACUGAUUUGCGUGGAAGCAGUGAUGUGGUGGAAGGAGGAAGGAUGGCUCUGGAUAACAAGACCUCCCUACUCAACACCCAGCCCCCACGUGCCUUUUCUGGACCCCGAGCUCGAGAGUACAACCCUUACCCCUACUCUGAUACUAUCAGCGCCUAUGAUAAAACUGCUCUUAAGGAAGCCGUAUUUGAUGAUGAUAUGGAUCAGCUUCGGGAUGUGCCCAUUGAUCAUUCUGACUUGGUGGCUGAUCUUUUAAAAGAAUUAUCCAAUCAUAAUGAGCGGGUAGAAGAACGGAAAGGAGCCCUCCUUGAGUUGUUGAAGAUUACAAGAGAAGAUAAUCUGGGAGUUUGGGAAGAACAUUUUAAGACAAUUUUGCUUUUAUUACUUGAAACACUUGGAGAUAAAGAUCAUUCAAUACGAGCCUUGGCCCUGAGAGUUUUGCGGGAAAUUCUGAGGAACCAACCAGCAAGAUUUAAGAACUAUGCUGAACUAACUAUCAUGAAGACCCUAGAAGCGCAUAAAGAUUCUCAUAAAGAGGUUGUGAGAGCUGCCGAGGAAGCUGCUUCCACUCUGGCUAGUUCCAUCCAUCCAGAGCAGUGCAUCAAAGUGCUUUGUCCCAUCAUUCAAACAGCUGACUAUCCAAUUAAUCUGGCUGCUAUUAAAAUGCAAACGAAGGUCAUUGAAAGAAUCUCAAAGGAGUCAUUGCAUCAGCUCCUACAAGACAUCAUCCCUGGAUUGUUGCAGGGUUAUGACAACACGGAAAGCAGUGUUCGCAAAGCCAGUGUGUUUUGCCUCGUGGCCAUCUAUUCAGUGAUUGGCGAAGAACUGAAGCCUCAUCUUGCGCAACUGACUGGGAGCAAGAUGAAGCUGUUGAAUUUGUAUAUAAAGAGAGCGCAGACGACCAACAGCAACAGCAGCUCAUCCUCAGAUGUUUCUACACACAGUUAAUGGAGAUCUUUGGACAUAUGUGUAGACAUAGAAACAAUCAGCUGUGCCUCUCAGAAACCUUCCCCUCAUCAGCACGCACCAUCUGCUGAUGGAGGCCAUGCAAAUAUUUAUUGCAAUCAGUAUUUUUAGUCCUUUUAAAGCUUUUUAUUGUAGGAGAUUCUUGGAAUUGAAUAUAAGGGAAGCAAGGCCUGGAUUGCAGUUUUCAUUAAAAACAAGGUAAUAGUGUACUGUGGUUAAAUGCAUUGCAUACUGUUUGCUAAGAUCUGAAGUAGUCCCAGAGAUGCAUAACACGUUCGUAUUUUAUCAAACAUAUUUCUUUGAUAUUGACGGAGAGCUUGAAUUUAUAUUAGACUAUAUUUGUAUUAUAGUCACACUUUUCACUAGCUACUCUAGUUCCCCCAAUUUCUCAAGCAUUGUUUUAAAAAUGAGCUUAAAAGUUGGAAUGGAUUUGCAUUCGUUUUCAGACAUAAUCUAUCUAUACAGGCUAUAAAAUCAAGCCGUUCCACUAGUUUUUUUUUUAACUAGAAAAAACCAAUACCAAUCACCUAUGUGACAAAGGUUAUGAAAAUUCAAGAAAUCCCAAGCAAAUAUGCAGCAGUACAAUCUAUACAGGGCAAUGUGGUUAAUUUUGUAGAACCAAUUCAAGAGCUGCCUCUGCAUCGACAACUCAGUUUACAAUUUCUUCUCGAUGUAUUUCAACAUAUUUUUUUCCAAAAUGUUUGAAAUUGCAAACUACUCUUAAUAUUGAUUCUAACCUACCUGACACAGCUUUACUGUUUGUUUGUUUGUUUUAACAGAGCUCUGUUUUGUUACAGUAUUUAUGGUAUUCCUUCUGUGACAACAGAUCUCUGUUAGCGUGCACUGAGCUCAGAUGCACUGCAGUUGCCUGUAUAUUGGUCAAGACCUAAUGUUGCUGUCAGAGAAAAGUGUCUCCUAGGAGAUAUGUGUGAAAUUCUAUUUCUGCUGCUUCGAUGUUCCAUGAGAAAAUGUUCUUUUCAAAGCUCUGAUUGGCUUCCUGGAGCUGCAACUCAGAUAACCAGGCCUUUCUUCCUUAAUAAAGGAUUUCUUUCAUUUGUCAACCA